AUGCGCAAUGCAUUGAAAGCAACCCACUACGCACUUAAUAAAAGAGCAAUGUUUCUAGGUGUGUUCCUUUUAUUACGUAAAGGCAGUACACAGCUAAGAAAGCACAGCACUGAGAAGAAAAGAGAUCCAAGUGCUGGAAGACGUGGAACCAAACACACCAGCAGAAUCAGUUUGGGGCAAUCCCUUCUAUAUAUUCGGGAUAAUAGCACCGAGGAAGUCAUGGCAAGGCCAUCGUAUAUUUAUAUUGGAGUUAUUGCCACUUGCCAGUCAGUACAUAUGAAACAUAACGGCCGACAACAAGAAGAUGAUGAAUCUUGUGUGCCCAACAAUGCCAGCUUACUAAGGGAGCAUAGGCCCGCACAUCUCUUAGGACUUCACUAA